AUGGCCGAACACUUGGCGUCCAUUUUCGGUACCGAAAAGGACCGAGUGAAUUGCCCAUUCUACUUCAAGAUCGGGGCCUGCCGCCAUGGCGACCGCUGCUCCCGGCUGCACAACAAGCCAACCAUCAGCCAGACCCUGCUGCUGACAAACAUGUAUCAGAACCCCGCCCUCAACGCGCCCCCGGGACCUGAUGGCCUGCCCCAGGCGGUGGACCCGCGAACGGCUCAGGAUCAUUUUGAGGACUUCUACGAGGACGUGUUCGAGGAGCUGUGCGUGUUUGGUGAAAUUGAGAACUUGAAUGUGUGUGACAACCUGGCGGAUCACAUGGUCGGUAACGUCUAUGUGAAAUUUCGCGAUGAGGAGUCUGCUGCAAAGGCACUGCAGGCAUUGCAGGGACGAUUCUACGCUGGGAGGCCAAUAUUGGCGGAGUUCUCCCCGGUCACAGAUUUCAGGGAGGCGACGUGCAGACAGUACGAGGAAAACACCUGCAGCCGUGGAGGUUACUGCAACUUCAUGCAUUUGAAGCCGAUCAGCAGGGAAUUGAGGAAGGUGCUGUUUGGCCGGUACAAGCGGAGAAAGAAUGAUGGCAGCAGGAGUCCCAGGCGGGACAAGGGUGGCAGCAAUCGAGGGUACGAUGGCAGGGAUGGUCGCCAUGGCGCUGGGCGCAGCUACAGUCCCAGGCGAGGCAGGAGCAGGGAAAGGGAUCAAGGCAGGGGCAGGCCCAGGGAUGACAGCGCGGAACGAAGGGCCAGGAUCGCUGCCUGGAACCGUGAACGUGAACCAGCUCGGUCACCAGCUGCCACACGCAGCCCCCGGGAGGUGCAUGGUGAGGAAGCUCCCCCCCAGCCUGCUGAGUAUGGCAACCAGGAUGGCUACGAUGGGAAGAAAGAAGGGGAGUACGAGUACAAUGAGCCACCAUAUCCGCCACCCGCCGACCAGCAAUGA